CAUCUCCCAUCCAAACUUACUCUCUGGACAAUAGGGUGAGUUAAUUGUUACACUUGUUCUUUCUCAUUGGCACAGAUCUCAACAGCCCCCCCUCCACUUUGUGCAAGGGCAACAGAAACUCUCUGAGGCACAGCCAUGUGCACGGACAUACUUGGACUGCCUGUCUACAAUGCUCUCCUUACUAACAGGGAGUGUCUGUCCUCAAGUGUUUUUAGCUUUAGCAGCUGGGCUCCUUUUGACAGACUGAGAGAAGGGUCCACAGGGGGAGAACAUUAUUAUCUGAUUAAGGCUCUCAAGCAAAUUAAAACUCUCUGGACAGGAUCAUCUUUCCCUCUCUUAGAUCUCAGUGAACAGAAAGGAGAUCAUCUCUCUGGGCAAUUAUCAACUCUGAAAGUGCUUGUGGUUUGAGACUCCAGCAGAACUUAGUGCACACAGCAUGAUCGUAAUGUACUUGAACAAACUCGACUUUCAGUGGCUCUUCUGUUCCACGUGACCCAAUGUGGCAUUUGUAAAGAUGUUUCCUCCCCUCAGGUCAUUUCUUCUUUGUUUGCGCACAGCCAAUCUGCCUUAUUCAAACCCACGCCUUGUAUUAGCCAGCCCUUUCAGUAGACUAGACAACUUCUAACUGUCCAUAUCAUGGCCACCCCGCACCAAAGGUCUUUCCGCCACUCCCCCAGGACUUCCACAGCAAGGACAGGAGCUGCAGGACCAACAUCCUCUAAGAUGUUUAUAUGGACCAGUGGCCGGACCUCUUCAUCUUACAGACACGACGAGAAAAGAAAUAUCUACCAGAAAAUCAGGGACCAUGACCUCCUGGACAAAAGGAAAACUGUGACAGCUCUGAAGGCUGGGGAGGACCGGGCCAUCCUGCUUGGACUGGCCAUGAUGGUGUGCUCCAUCAUGAUGUACUUCCUACUGGGAAUCACACUGCUGCGCUCGUACAUGCAGAGUGUAUGGACAGAAGAAGCCCAGUGUGCCCUGCUGAAUGUGUCAAUCACAGAAACAUUUAACUGUUCCUUCAGCUGUGGGCCUGACUGCUGGAAGCUCUCUCAGUACCCUUGCCUGCAGGUAUACGUGAACCUGACAUCUUCUGGGGAGAAGCUCCUCCUCUACCACACAGAAGAGACCAUGAAGAUCAAUCAAAAGUGCUCCUAUAUUCCUAAGUGUGGAAACAACUUUGAGGAGUCCAUGUCCCUUGUGAGUGUCGUCAUGGAAAACUUCAGGAGACACCAACACUUCCCCUGCUAUUCUGACCCAGAAGGGAACCAAAAGAGCGUCAUCCUGACCAAACUCUAUAGCUCCAAUGUGCUGUUCCAUUCUCUCUUCUGGCCAACGUGUAUGAUGGCUGGGGGUGUGGCAAUCGUUGCUAUGGUGAAACUAACUCAGUACCUCUCCCUGCUUUGUGAGAGGAUCCAACGGAUCAACAGAUAAAAGAAAAAAAACACAUGGAUAAGAUAUUUUUCUUUAAAGCUCAAAUACUGUUUUCUUUCGUUCUUCACCAAAGAACCUUAAGUUUGUAAUGUGCAGUCUGUUAUGGGUUCCUUAAUAUAUUAUUCUAUGUAGAGCAAUAACGCAAACGCUGUCCUAUAUGCAAACAUGAUGUCCUUAUUUAUUCAGGAGAAUUAACUGUUCCUCAUUGGUCGGUCGUUUCAUUAUAUUGUUUUGAUGCUGGAACUAGUCUGCCCUCUUUCCACCAGAGUAGGGCUCAGCUACUCAUUACCAAGUGUUGUGGGGGGAAUGGAGGCACUGUCCCCAAGACCAGGCCUGUGUUCUGAGUUUCUAGAAUUCAUGAAGACAAGCUUUUUCUUCAUUUGUUGUUUACUGAAGCUACAGCCAAAAAUGCAUUUUUUUCUUUUCUUAAUCUACAUUGAGCCCUGUAGCAAGUGGAGGGGUUGUUUCCUGACUAAAGGGUGUUAUACCUUUUUUUAAAAUUAUUAUUAUUAUUAUUAUUAUUUUUACCACAGCACUGUAAGGAAGAGAGGAAAUCUAGCCAGCAAUCUUUCUUUCAUCACUUUUCAUUCACAAAUUCAGAUUUGUUUGAAUAAUUAUCAACUCUAUAAUGUCUUCCGAACAGAGUCCUUUUCCAUCUAUGACCCUGCUACUGUGUGGAAGACCAAGCUGGUGAGAUCACUCCCAGUGAACUGACUGGGUGUUGGAAGGUAUGCCAUUGCAAUUUUGGAAAGUCUGUGUUACAAAGAUAUUUAUGUGAAAUCUUAACUCCAUUUCCACUGGACUGUUAGAAGCAAAUAUUAAUACACUAAAUACUGGUGAACUGGUUGCAAUGAGUGAGUCUGUCAGGGCCAGCUAUCAUGUUGGAAUAUUACUCUUUGGGAAUUUGUGUUUCAGUAAACGAAUGUACAGUCUCUCCUUCUGAAAAAAAAAAUGUUGCCUGUUGAGGUUUUAAAUCUAUGUGUGCAGAAUCUUUGUCUCCUCUACAUAUUUUUAUUUUUCUACUCACUAUUCCCUUUUGGUUGUUAUAUUUUAUAUGCAGAAUAGACCUUUUUCCUAACACAUGUUUGAAAUGAAUAAUAGGUUUAAGAGAAGCCUUUCUUCACAUUGAUGUUUACUCAUUCUGUUUGGUGGGGGGAUAAGGGGUUGGUUUUAAAUAAAGACAUUCUGUCCUUUAUUUAAUAUCGAUAUCUAAGGGAGAAGACAAACAUCUAUCUUUCUCAUCUAUAUUUAAGUACCCUUUUGUAACAUAGUAUCGAUGUUUUUUAGGUAAUUGCAAAAUUUUACAAAUCAUUUGUGAAAUGAAUGGUGAAACUUAUCUGAGGAAGCAGAAUAUUGUAAUUCAUAGUCUGACUUUUCAUAAGCAAAUAAAUCCCUAGGGUGUAAUCAGGACUUCAAAUGUGUAAUUAAAUUUUUUAAACGCA